CUAGAUAAUCAUUUAAGACAAUGAUUUAAAAGGAUUAAAAAUCAAAUGGUUUUAACAGUAUUUUUUGUCACCCUACAAAAACAAAGACAUUAAUAUAUAAAACAUGCUAUCCUUUUGUUGAGAUUCUUUCAGUUUUACUGAAGAACAAGGAGCAGCUCACUGAGGGGCCCUCUAAUAGGACAAAUGGGGGGCCCAGGAAUAGGAGUAACAGGCACAAGAAAGAGAGCUCUCUCGAAGUACAGACCUCUCCCAGUACGGGAAGCACAUCCUGUUGCUGUUUGGCUCUGAAGUGGCAGUGCUGAGUGUUUGUCGCAGUGACAGAGAGACUGAGUACGCCCUGAAGCUCACCAAAACAGCCACAGUGAAGCCCCUUCCUCUUGGACAAUAGCAGCAUUCAGAGACAUGUCUGUGUGACUCUCCCCACUGCCUGUGAAUCGCUUUUCAGAACUGCAGCAUGGAGAGUACUGAUAGAGGAAGGAGUGAAAUCCAAGCUAUAGCUUUCUACUGCCUCUGAAAAUGAGAUGCUGAGAAAAUAAUUUACAGCUGCAAAGCUGUGUGCUACAACCCCAAGAACUCGAGCAUCUGGUUUUCCUUUCUUCUGUUAUUUUUGUUAUUCCCCCCACCCCCCCCAGUCUGUGGAGAGUUUGAAAAAGAGACGCCUUUCUGCUGUUUGCUUGAAAACCAGCCUCCCUCCUGGGCUCAGAGAGAAAGAAAUAGUAAAAGGAGCAAGGGGACUCAAAGCAGGAGCCAGGCAGUGUCAGCUUGUGGAAUGGACCUCCCUGUCUGCCGGUUAAGCACAGAACUACCGUCAGUACCAAAAUCUGAAGAGGAAGGAUAAAAAGGGAUUUCUACUACCCAAAGGGAUAUAUGAAAAAAAGAGUUGAGCUGAGAAUGAACGGAGAUGUCCUCUAGCUGCGAUUAAAGGUGUUUCAUUUGCGUCGGUGAUUUGGUUGUUUCGGAUGCACCGCAGCUGAUAAGCAGCUCACUCAAGAGGAGCAGGAGAAGGUGGUAGAGGAGACUCUGGGUCAGGCCACACCUCCCCUGCAGGGAAGGGAGUGGAUGGCCAUUCAGAAGCUGGUGGCCACGGCGGUGGCAGUGGCCCUGCUGUCCCUGAUCCUCAACAACGUGGCGGCUUUCACACCCAGCUGGGUGUUCCAGGCGCUGGAAGACGGGCGCAAGCGCAGUGUGGGGCUUUGGAAGAUGUGCUUUGUAGCGGAGCGGGGCCGGGAGGCUGGGGGACCGGCACGGCAGGGCCAGGCAGGAGAGCGGCAGUGCCAGACUCUGGGCUGGGGGACAGAGUACUCUGGGUUUCAGGAGUCCAGAAGCACCGUCAAGUUGCAGUUUGACAUGAUGCGUGCCUGUAACAUGAUUGCCACCGUGGCCCUGACAGCUGGACAGCUCAUCUUCCUGCUGGGCUUGGUGGAGCUGCCCCUCAUCACCCAGGACUCCCAGUGGUGGGAAGAGGUCAUAGCCGCCCUCUUCCAGCUAGCCAGCUUUGCUCUGGUGAUAGGGCUGGUCACAUUCUACCGCAUAGGUCCCUACACACACCUCUCGUGGUCUUGCUAUGUAGAUAUCGCUGCCUGCCUCCUGGCCACGCUGGCAGCCGCCAUGCUGAUCUGGAACAUCCUGCACCGGCGGGAAGACUGCCUCACACCAAGGGUCAUCGUCAUCAGCCGCUCGCUGGCCACACCCUUCCGCCCACGCCUCGACAACGACUACGUUGAAUCACCCUUCUGAGUCCAUACAAACUGCCCUUCAUUGGGAGGACUGGAGAAACUCUAGUAGUGACUUUAACUAACCCAUCUGGGUGCCAACUCUCUGCCACACUAGC